AUGGGACGCCGUUUGACGCGCGCCAGCCGCCGCGGGCAGGAAUCUGUGCGGGUGACAGCGCUGCAGGAAUGCAACGCCCCUGACAUAGUCACCGCCGUCCUCGAUGGGAAGGCCCCGGAUGCCAGCGGGGGCAGGACGAUGAUAGAGGACGAAGAGGUGUACUUGUGGGGGCAGUUUGAAUAUUAUGGCCCUCACAACCUGGGUGCAAUCAUGGGCCGCACACCCUGGAGGAAGAAUAACAAUAUUUCAGAGAGCAUCAUGUGGAUACACUGCGGGAGUGAAAAGGACAGCGUGUCUGACACCCUUUCAACCGACUUGUCAGUGUCCCCGGAUCCAGGGCGGCCCAAGCGCGUUUGUGUCGUUUUCCCGGAGCCUUCCGUCCCCAAUACUUCGGCUUCUCCAACCCCAUAUUCGGGAUCUACGGCGUCCGAAGCGUGGCCGGGAUUGUGGCAGCCAUUCAAACCAUAUCCCCAGCCCAUUAGGGAAUACUUGGUCAUGCUCAAGCCUACCCAGCUAGACGAACCGAGCCCCUUCACCCUUCUCAAAGGCAUCCCCACCACACCUCCAGUUACGACCGUUAUAUCUCACUUUACCCCGGCUUCCUUCGCCGCCGCUUGCUUCGGCAUCGUCGAAGAGCGCACAGCGGGCAACUAUUGGUUAUUGCUCUGCCUUAAGGACGAAGGCGAAGGCCUACUACUACUUGGCAGAAACGAAGCAGAAGGGAAAUUCCGCGGGACCAUCACAGCCGUAAAGGAGCAGUUUGAGCAGCUCAUAUAUGCCCUGGCUGGUCACUGGCGCUGA